UCUCUGACAACAUGUGUAGUGGAAAAUGCUCCCGUUGCAUUGCUGGUACUCUGUACCCAUUAAUACUCCUGUCCAUCAUCUGUAACAUUGUGUUGUUCUUUCCUGGCUGGGACAUCAAGUAUGUCAAAAAUGGACAUAUUACUGAGGAGGUGAAAUAUAUGGGGGGAAUCAUCGGCGGGGGGAUACUGAUGUUGUUCCCAGCAUUUUACAUCCAACUGACUGGAGAGCAGGGGUGCUGUGGGAAUCGCUUCGGGAUGUUCUUAUCGAUUAUAUUCACUGCAGUGGGUGUGACUGGUGCCCUGUACAGUUUCACUGUGGCAGUGUCUGGUCUGGGUAAUGGGCCCCUCUGCAAAAUCAAUAGCACAUGGACAACACCUUUCAAAAACAGUACCUUCACCUACCUGACUGGCAAUAAGUACUGGCAAGAAUGCACAGAGCCCAAGAACGUGGUGCAGUUCAACAUGGGACUGUUCAUUACUCUGAUAGCAGCCAGCUGUCUGCAGGGGUUACUCUGUGCCAUUCAGAUGAUCAACGGCCUCUUUGGCUGCCUGUGUGGAAUAUGCAACAACAAAGGGGCACUUUAACUUCCUGCUCAGGAGGCCUCUGAUCAUUUGCAUUUGUCAUACCACAUCUGUAAAGGUGACUGGUGCUACCAGCUGGAGGCUAAGAGCAGUGUUCCUGGCUGCAUCUGUAUAAAAUUAUUGCAUUGAAGUUGCUGUUGUCUCUGAUAACAGAUUUUGCAUUUUUUAUUGUAGUGAUGCUUUACACUGCAGUGUAUUAUGGUAUGUUGUGAGAAGAA